UCACAGUUUUUUUCCCACAGAGCAAGUUGAAUUAAGCAAGUAAUAGUGUAAAACGCUUAUAAGCAUGGAGGUAUUUGGACUUAUAAUAUUAAACUCACAAUUCAAUUGAGGGGAAGCCAGCUUAUUAUGGUUCAGUCCAAUUUCUAUGUGUAGGCUCAGAUUCAUGAAUACAAAAGAUUGGUUGGACAACAAGACAUACCCGGUGGGAAGAAAGUUCACUUGGAACAAGAGAGAGACAAAUAUUAAGCCAAGAAAGAAAAAAAUACAAAACGUCGUUGCUUUUAACAGUAUCACCUAAAAUUAAGCUUAAACGGCGGCACUCGUCUACCCUCUCCACAGGUAUUGGUUUCUUCGUCUCACCAUUAUCUUCAUCUCCCUCCGCUCUUUCUUUUCCUGAUCAUCUCCUUCGACUGCAUGACAUCGGAGCUCGACGAAUCAGUAGUCUUCGUCUCCGAAAUGUUGCUAUUAAAAAAGAUGCCGUUUUCAGAAUCAACCCCUAGUUUUUUUUAGGCGCAACCAGUCCGAGAGAGCCACAUCAUCAACUCCGUGACCCCCCAGCGCAAGCACCUCUAGGUCUAGUCGUAAUCCUAAGAAAACGUUUUCCCACUUCACUUCCACUAUUUGGUUAACCAGUCACAACCAUGAUAUAAAGCUUGGCCGAAGAAAUAAACAAUGCUACAUGGAUACAAAAGCUGUAUUGAGAAUGAAAGGAAUGCUUUGUUGGAGCUCAAGACAUACCUGGUCUCAAUUAGUGAAGAAGAUGGAUCCGAAUAUGUUCUCCCUACUUGGACUAAUGACACAAAGAGCGAUUGUUGUCGGUGGGAGGAAAUUAAGUGCAAUCGUACAAGCGGACGGGUGAUCAGUAUUUCCUUUGGUGGGCUGUACCUCGAAGAAAGUCCUCUCCUAAACCUUUCUUUGUUGCAUCAGUUUGAAGAGGUCCGAAUUCUGAACUUAACUGGGUACGGAUUCAGUGGCUUGUUUGAUGAUGUGGAAGGUUAUAACAGCCUAAGGAGAUUAAAAAAACUUGAGAUUCUGGAUUUCACGUUAAAUGAUUUCAACAGCAGCAUCUUUCCUUUUCUUAACGCCGUAACAUCGCUUACAACUCUUUUUCUACGGAAUAACGUAAUGGAAGGACCUUUACCUGAACUUCAAAAUCUGACAAACUUGGAACUAUUGGACCUUAGCAGUAACAAGUUUAAUAGCUCCAUAUCAGUACAAGAGUUACCUGUCCUGACGAAGCUGAAAGUUCUAGACCUAAGUGGUAAUGAUUUAUCUGGCUUAAUGAAUUUGCAAGGGAUUUGUGAAUCAAAGAACAUGGAAGAGCUCGAUCUCAGUAAAAACAAACUUGUAGGUCAGUUUCCUUUAUGUUUGACUAGCUUGACUGGACUUAGAGUUCUGGAUCUCUCAUCAAACCAAUUGACUGGGUUGGUCCCAUCUGAUCUUGGUAGACUUGAAUCCCUUGAGUACUUAUCUUUGUCUGAUAACAACUUUGAAGGCCUCUUCUCAUUUGGUUCGCUCACCAACCUCUCAGAGCUUAAGGUUUUCAAAAUUUAUUCAAAAUCCAACUUACUUCAAGUGGUGUUUGAAAGUUCUUAUAAACCAAAAUUUCAGUUGAGUGUUAUUGUACUACGAUCUUGCAACUUGGAGAAGGUUCCUCAUUUUCUCCUACACCAGACAGAUUUGCGUCAAGUUGAUCUCUCCGAAAAUAAAAUAUCUGGCAAGUUUCCUUCAUGGUUGUUGGAGAACAAUAAGAAACUCGAGGUUUUGCUUCUACAGAAGAAUUCUCUUACGAUAUUUCACCUACCGAAAUCUUCUCAUAAUCUGCUUUUCCUGAAUGUGUCAGUUAAUGAAUUCAGUCAUCUGCUUCCAGAAAAUAUUGGGUGGAUACUUCCUAGUUUACGGUAUAUGAAUCUAGCUAAUAAUGGUUUUCAAGGGAAGCUGCCAUCUUCUCUUGGAAACAUGGAAGAGAUCGAAUAUCUUGAUCUAUCUCACAAUAGUUUCCAUGGGAAGGUACCAAGAAGUGUUGCAAGGGGUUGUUAUUCCAUGACAGCCUUGAAGUUGUCACAUAACAAACUAAGUGGAGAGAUUUUUCCAGAAACAGUACACUUUACUGAUAUAACGACCUUGUCUAUGGAUAAUAAUUAGUUUACAGGAAAGAUUGGGCAAGGGUUGCGGAGCUUGGAAUACUUGAGUAUGCUUGACAUAUCGAACAACAAUCUCACAGGUGUUAUUCCAAGUUGGUUUGAUGAACUUCCAUCCUUAUCUGCACUAAUGCUGUCAAAUAACUUGUUGGAAGGUGAAAUACCAGUUUCUUUGUUCAAUAUGUCUAGUCUUUGGAUAUUGGACCUUUCUGCAAACAGUUUAGUAGGGGACAUACCUCCACAUGUCAGUUCUAGAACUCUUAUGGUGUUACUUCUACAAGAUAAUUAUUUAUCAGGGGUUAUUCCAGACACGUUGAUAGGAAAUGUCAGUAUACUUGAUCUGAGAAAUAGCAGGUUGUCCGGGAAUAUUCCAGAUUUCAUCAGCACCCAAAUCAUCAGUAUUCUGCUUCUACGAGGGAAUAAUUUAACAGGCUGCAUCCCCCAACAGGUGUGUGGCCUCAGAAGCAUUCACCUUCUGGAUCUUGCUAACAACAAAUUGUAUGGAUCCAUACCUUCAUGUCUUAGCAACAUAUCAUUUGGUUUGGGGAAAGAGGAUACAUUCUAUGGUUAUGAUACUGGCGUUACUUCUACUUCCAAAGAAGAUGACCGGAUAUAUUUCAGAUCUCUGCUUAUGCUAGAUCCGUUUAGUAUGGAAUACAAGGAUGACACACAGACGAAAAUUGAAUUUGCAACAAAACACAGAUAUGGUGGAAAUCUCAAAUUAUUAUUUGGAAUGGAUUUCUCAGAAAAUAUGCUAAGUGGUAACAUCCCGGUUGAGCUUGGAGGUCUUCUGGAACUACGAGCUCUCAAUCUUUCCCACAACAACUUAUCAGGAGUGAUACCAGAGAGCUUCUCAGGUCUCAAGAAUUUAGAAAGCCUUGAUCUUUCCGUCAACAAGCUACAUGGCCAGAUCCCACAACAACUAACAGAUCUGAGCAGCCUCGCUGUGUUCAAGGUCUCGUAUAAUAACUUAUCAGGAGUCAUUCCACAUGAAAGACAGUUUAACACCUUCGAUACACAAAGCUACUUAGGUAAUCCUCUUCUCUGUGGACAACCAACCAACAAAAGCUGUGACAAUGAUAACAUUCAAGAACCAGAUAAUGAAGUGGAAGCUGAUGAAUCUUUAAUCGACAUGAUGUCUUUCUGUUGGAGUGUUGUUGCAGCCUAUGUGACAAUACUGCUUGGGGUACUCGCAUCUCUCUCGUUUGAUUCUCCUUGGAGAAGAACUUGGUUCUACAUCGUUGAUGCUUUCAUCCACAAGGUUAGGAAUUUGUUGUGGAAAAACACUGCAGGUGUUGGAUGUUUCUUUAUGUGCUAGUUUCAUUGUUGUACCCAUCUGCUGUUGUACUUCUCAAAUGAUCCUGCUUUGUGUCACAAAACUAGGAAAAUGACUUAUGUUUGGUUCAUGGGUACUGUCUUUGUCUUUAAAUAAAAUGUAAUGCCACAAACAUAUUUCUACUCAAACACAAGAAGUUGCAUGAAGUCAUCUUAAAAUAGAAAAAGAGUGUACACUGACUGAAAAAUAGAAUAUAGAUACAGAGACUUCCUGUUAGACUCUUUCUUCCUUUAAGAAUCUCAGAGAUGUAUCUAUGAUCGAUGGUAUGAUCUGUUUUCUCACAGUGAUCCAGUAUAAU